UGUGUGUGUGUGUGUGUGUGUGUGUGUUUCUAUCAGGGUGGAUCAAUGCAGGAGCCUGAGCUCCACACACGCGCGCACACACACACGCACACACACACUCGUCCUGUCCGCGCAUCCGCAGCGUCUCGCUCGCUCUGUCUCUAUCUCACCCGCGGCUGACGCGGGCCGCUCCUGGAUAUGUGCAUGUUAUAGUCCGGAAAGCCGCCGCCGCAUUGUAGGUUGAAGGCCAGGAGACAUGCCGGUGUGAAGGGCGAUCGGAUAUUCGUAUCUUCCACGUUAUCUUCCCUAACCCCGGGUCCGCUGCUCUGCUGUACCGAGCGCCGGUGCUGGAGCGAGCGGCCUGUAAACACAAGAUGUCGACCAGAACGCCAUUGCCCACCGUGAACGAGCGCGACGCCGAGAAUCAUACAUCUGUCGAUGGCUAUGCGGACACACCAGCACCCCCUACAAAAUCAGCGAGUCGACAGAGUCUCCCACGCUGUCGGAACUCUGUGGCGUCCAUCACGGACGAACAGCCUCACAUUGGGAACUAUAGACUGCUCAAAACCAUCGGCAAAGGGAACUUUGCUAAAGUCAAACUUGCCCGCCAUGUUUUAACAGGAAGAGAGGUAGCAGUGAAGAUCAUCGAUAAAACACAGCUGAAUCCCACAAGUCUACAAAAGCAUUGCUUGAACAGAUGGACAGUGAAACCUACACUGAUCGCUCUUGCCUCACGUUUCGACAGCAAGAUUAAUGACCGCAUGCUCUUUCGUGAAGUGAGGAUUAUGAAGGUCUUAAAUCAUCCUAAUAUAGUUAAGUUAUUUGAAGUCAUUGAAACAGAGAAGACACUUUAUUUAAUAAUGGAGUAUGCGAGUGGAGGUGAAGUGUUUGACUACUUAGUUGCUCAUGGGAGGAUGAAGGAAAAGGAGGCCAGAGCAAAGUUUCGGCAGAUUGUGUCUGCAGUGCAAUACUGCCAUCAGAAGAGAAUAGUCCACAGGGAUCUCAAGGCUGAGAACUUGCUGCUAGAUGCGGACAUGAAUAUAAAGAUUGCUGACUUCGGCUUCAGUAAUGAGUUCACCAUCGGGAGUAAGUUGGACACGUUCUGUGGCAGUCCGCCGUACGCGGCUCCAGAGCUCUUCCAGGGAAAGAAGUAUGAUGGGCCAGAGGUGGACGUCUGGAGUCUGGGGGUGAUUCUCUACACGCUUGUCAGCGGGUCACUUCCCUUUGACGGACAGAAUUUGAAGGAGCUGCGAGAGAGAGUUUUGCGAGGGAAGUAUCGUAUACCAUUCUACAUGUCCACAGACUGUGAAAAUCUUCUGAAGAAACUGUUGGUGCUUAAUCCAGGCAAACGUGGAAGUCUAGAGCAAAUCAUGAAGGACCGCUGGAUAAAUGUAGGUCAUGAGGAAGAGGAACUAAAGCCGUAUACAGAACCUGAGCCAGACUUCAGUGACACCAAACGGAUAGAACUGAUGAUCACUAUGGGUUUCCCUAAAGAUGAAAUCACAGAGGCAUUAGUAGGGCAGAAGUAUGAUGAGGUCAUGGCCACUUAUCUUCUGUUGGGCAGGAAACCUCCAGAGUUUGAAGGGAGCGAUUCACUGUCCACCACAAACCUGUGUCAAAGGUCACGACCCAGCAGCGACCUGAACAACAGCUCUACGCAGUCACCCGCACACUCCAAAGUCCAGCGCAGUAUCUCUGCCACGCAGAAACAGCGACGAUUCAGCGACCACGUUGCCCCGUCCAUACCUCCGACCGUGUCUUACACCAAACGCUCUCAGGCCAACAGCGUGGAGGGAGAGAAGAAGGAGGAAUGGGAUGCGUCCCGUAAGCUGCCCUCCUCCAGCUCUAAAGGAGACAUGGCCACCUCUCCUCUAGUGGCCCAGGAACGCAGGAAGUCGUCCACAGCUUCAGGGAAUAGCGCUGGUGGAAUGACCAGGAGAAAUACAUACGUGUGCGAGCGAUCCAGUACAGAGCGGUACUCGGCCAUCCCUAACGGCAAAGACAGCAGUUUGACGGAGAUGUCCACCUCUGCGAGUGCUUCUUCCUCUGUGUCUCCCGGAGCGUCCUCCGCAGUGGCGUCCACUCGACCGCGUCAUGUGAAGUCCAUGUCCGCCUCAGGGCACCCCACCAAGUCUCCGCUGCCACCCAUCGAGGAUAACACUGAAUUCAAAGGCUCUAGCUCCAGGGCUCCAUCCACAUCUCCGUCAGCUCACAGCAUCAGCAGUAUGACUCCGGAUCGGACCCGUUUUCCACGGGGCACCUCCAGCCGCAGCACCUUCCACGGGGCGCAGCUCAGAGACCGGCGCAGUGCCACAUACAACGGCCCCCCCGCGUCACCCACGCUGUCCCACGACACAGGCGCUCUCGCCCAGGCCCGCAGGGGCACCUCGUCCGGCUUCAUAAGCAAGCUUACCUCCAAGUUUGCUCGAAGAACAGCUGACUUACUGAGUUUAGUUGUCCACUGCUUUCUCAAUAUGACCUCUGAUAUUUCCCAAGGUUACCCAGUGAAGGAGAGGCCCGCGGUCGGGCGUACAGUUUGAGGAGCGGAUCCGGAGAACCCAAGGAGGAAGGUCGUGACUCGAAGCCGAGAUCGCUGCGUUUCACCUGGAGUAUGAAGACCACCUCGUCCAUGGAGCCAGGAGACAUGAUGAGAGAAAUCCGCAAGGUGCUGGACGCCAACAACUGCGACUACGAGCAGCGCGAGCGCUUCUUGCUCUUCUGUGUGCAUGGCGACGCGCGCCAGGACAGCCUCGUCCAAUGGGAGAUGGAGGUUUGCAAACUGCCCCGCCUGUCUCUCAACGGUGUUCGCUUCAAACGCAUAUCGGGAACGUCUAUCGCCUUCAAGAACAUCGCUUCGAAAAUUGCCAAUGAGCUCAAGCUGUAAGCAAAGGGUUGGAAAAAAUACAAAACUAUAGGCAACACUAAAAAGGAAUUUUGCCAGGAAGUUUGAGCACCAUUUUUGAGUUCCUGCUUCUGUAAGCUACUGCUGUAAUGUUUAGUGGAGAAAAAAUAUGAAUGCGAAAAGAGAAAAAACGCCCUAGCCCAUGACCUUUAGCAUAUAUGCCUGGUUAAAACAACCAUCUUGCAAUAAUAUCGAAACCCUUACAGGGUUGGCAGGACAAAAAUCUGUCGAGCUAAUUAUCGUAACGAACUUCAAAAUGACUUUUUCCACAUGUACAGUUAAGAUAUAGAAUGUUUUGUUGUAUUGAAUUGAUCAUAGAGUUGUAUAAUACAAGACUUUCAGCCUACUUAUGUGGAGGUGUUGUAUAGUCACUAUUGAGCUCUGUACAGAAAAAUUAUGUUCAAUGUGUCAUACUUGUUUAGUUUGUUGCUUUUUUUUCCUCCUUUUUUUAGACUGACACCACUCAGUCUUAACAGUUCUUUUAAAAGUUCUCAACAUUUGUUUUUAAAGGAACAGUUUAUGCAACAAUGGAAAUUCUGUUAUUUUCUCACCCUCAUGCGAUCAAGCCCGUAUGUUCUUCUUAUUUUCCAUUAAAUUUUGAAGAAUUGACACAGCUUUUUUCCAUGACCAGCUCCAAAAAUGACCAUAAUAUUCCACACAUUGGGAUUUGUGUGCAAUAGCCAUACGUUACACUUUGUAACAAUCCAAAAUGCAAGUCGCUUAUCACCGAAAAUGAGCUGCGCUUAGUUUAGUUUAACUUGCAAGUUUACUUUUGUAUUCUACAGAGAAAUAACAACAUACAUGGAAGGACAUGAGGAUGAGCAAAUAAUGACAGAACUUUCAUUUUGGGUGAAUUAUCCUUUUAAUUCAGAGUGAGAAUUAGAUGUGAUCAUAACAUCAGAGAAUUAACGACUAAGUGUUAUGUAGAGCAGGCAGUGUAUUUCCCACAAGCAAGAUGGUUUGGAUGUACGGAUCAGCUAGAAAUUAGUAAACGAGCGUCUACAUUAACAUUCCAUACAGAACAUACACUGAGACUAACUUCAUCAAACUACAACGCUGCAGAAAUACUGCAGUGUGUUCGGAGCAAGACUGGGCCAGUUCAGCAACACUGGGCCAUUUAUUUCCCAUUCAAAAUCAAGAAACGAGAAAAGCUUCAACUAAUAACUAGCAGAAAUUUAUUUAUUAAGCCAUUUUAUGCCUUGUUUUAUUAACUGUAGAAACCGUUCAUCCAGAGAAUGCAUGACUUUUUUGUGUGUGUGUAAAAUGUAUUUUGUUUCGUAAUAAGUGGUGAUGAUGAAGAUGAAGAUGAUGAUGAUGAUGGAUUACAACCACUCAUACUGGUACUUUCUACUAGUUCUUUUGUACUGACGUAUCGAAGGUUAAAUGUGCAAUGCUGUCUAUGUUGUAUUACUGUAAUGCUGAUUAAAGAGGUUGUGACUGCACACUUUUAAGGGAAGAUGAGGUCAAGUUUCCGUAGUUUGAGAAAAAGGACUAGUGACUAAAAAUAUUAAAAGGGUAAAGCUGUGAUUAAAGCUCAGAGAGGCAUUGAAUGUUCGAAUGUCAACUGUGAUGUUCCAUUUUGUGACGGUACAUUUCCAGGACACAUUUCUUUUUUUCUUUUUUUAAAUGGCUGUACGGAUGAAAGUGUUUGGAUGGGAAAGGAAGCUGAAGGCUGAGGAUCUCCAAAAAAAUGCAAUUAACUCAACACAUUUCAUCCUUCCACACACUCUUCCCAUUUAUUCUCUCGACAUUGUACUGUACAUUUCUGCGGAAAAUCCCUUGGGCCACUGUGGUUCAACUUCAGUCCCACUGGAGCACAUUAAAGCUUACUUGAAAUGAGUCUUUGAACUAAAA